AUUCAACCGUUUUUGGAAUGUUUUAUUCAGUACCCUAAACACUCACUAAACUAUACAGAGCUAAAAGCAUGCCAGAGAUUGCAAGAACAAACUGCUUUGGGAAAUUUCCAGUCUAAGCGAAAUGGACCAAGUAUAGGAUUGAAUUUUAAGAAGUUGGUGGGAAGAGUCCAGCUCCUGUACUCACAGGUAAGGUCCUAGGAUUCUAGUUUGUUGAAGUGCCUGCAGACCCUCUCCCUAUAGCAGGGACGUGGAGCAAAUGUGCCUUCAGGAACUGCUUAUUAGUCCCCCAAAGCCUUUUUCGUGAGAACAGACGGAUGGAGGCCUCAGACGACUCUGGCGGCCGGACCCUGAACCAGAUGCCUGAGCUGCGCCCGGAAGGCUCGUUUCGCAGGAGCUGGCGAGUGGCGCGGGCUUCGGAGGCCAGGCUCGGGGUCCUGGGUGGGUGUGGGGGGGUCUCCUCCCCGGGCUCAGCCCCCGUCCGUCGGGUACUCUGUAGCUCGAUUCAUGUCCCCGCCCUCCCACCUGAGCACACCGGGCAGACAGCCUGCGGCAUCCGGCCAGUCGCGCCUCCUAGUCCGCCCUGGGCCGGUCGCUGGGCCCCAGGCCGCUUUUUACAGCUCCUUUAAUAAAGUGGACAGCAGGGAUCCUAACAAGACGUGGCACCAAGACAAAGGACGUGGCCAGACGCGCCUCUAAGGGCCUGCUCGCGAGCUCCCGCCUCCCCACUCCGUGGUCACCCGAGGACAGAGGCCAGGCCGGGCUGGGCGGAGUCGGGACGACUACGUCUGCAUCCAGAAAGGCGCCGGGCGAGCCCCAGCUGGACGCGACAGGCGGGGCAGAACGCUACGGCGGACUAGAAGCCAUGGGGCGGGGCUAGGGGAGCCUCCCAGCCUGCAGCCCGGCGGCCGGCUUCCGGCUGUGGGUGGUGCGGAGGAUGGCGGCGGCCGGAAGCGGGUUGAGCCGGUCUCUGGUAACGCCACCUGCACUUCCGGGGGCGUCGAGCCUAGCUGUAAGAGUCUUCCCAGUAGGCGGCGCGGGAGGAAAAAGAGGCGAAGGCUGCCCAGAAAAGUGGAGUCGGUAGCCGGGCCGGGAACAUGAGGCAGUCUCUCCUAUUCCUGACCAGCGUGGUUCCUUUGGUGCUGGCGCCGCGACCUCCGGAAGACCCGGCUUUCGGCCCCCACCAGAGACUCGAGAAGCUUGAUUCUUUGCUCUCAGACUACGAUAUUCUCUCCUUAUCUAAUAUCCAGCAGCAUUCAGUAAGAAAAAGAGAUCUACAGACUUCAACACAUGCAGAAACACUACUAACUUUUUCAGCUUUGAAAAGGCAUUUUAAAUUAUACCUGACAUCAAGUACUGAACGUUUUUCACAAAAUUUCAAGGUCGUGGUGGUGGAUGGUAAAAAUGAAAGUGAGUACGCUGUGAAAUGGCAGGACUUCUUCACUGGACACGUGGUUGGUGAGCCUGACUCUAAGGUUCUAGCCCACAUAAGAGAUGAUGAUGUUAUAAUCAGAAUCAACACAGAUGGGGCCGAAUAUAACAUAGAGCCACUUUGGAGAUUUGUUAAUGAUACCAAAGACAAAAGAAUGUUAGUUUAUAAAUCUGAAGAUAUCAAGAAUGUUUCACGUUUGCAGUCUCCAAAAGUGUGUGGUUAUUUAAAAGUGGAUAAUGAAGAGUUGCUUCCAAAAGGGUUAAUUGACAGAGAACCACCUGAAGAGCUUGUUCAUCGGGUGAAGAGAAGAGCUGUCCCAGAUCCCAUGAAGAACACAUGUAAAUUAUUGGUGGUAGCAGAUCAUCGCUUCUACAGAUACAUGGGUAGAGGGGAAGAGAGUACUACCACAAAUUACUUAAUAGAGCUAAUUGACAGAGUUGAUGACAUCUACCGGAACACUUCAUGGGAUAAUGCGGGUUUUAAAGGCUACGGAAUACAGAUUGAGCAGAUUCGCAUUCUCAAGUCUCCACAAGAGGUAAAACCUGGUGAAAAGCACUACAAUAUGGCAAAAAGUUACCCAAAUGAAGAAAAGGAUGCUUGGGAUGUGAAGAUGUUGCUAGAGCAAUUCAGCUUUGAUAUAGCUGAGGAAGCAUCUAAAGUUUGCUUGGCACACCUUUUCACAUACCAAGAUUUUGAUAUGGGAACUCUUGGAUUAGCAUAUGUUGGCUCUCCCAGAGCAAACAGCCAUGGAGGCGUUUGUCCAAAAGCUUAUUAUAGCCCAACUGGGAAGAAAAAUAUCUAUUUGAAUAGUGGUUUGACCAGCACAAAGAAUUAUGGUAAAACCAUCCUUACAAAGGAAGCUGACCUGGUUACAACUCAUGAAUUGGGACACAAUUUUGGAGCAGAACAUGAUCCAGAUGGUCUAGCAGAAUGUGCCCCGAAUGAGGACCAGGGAGGAAAAUAUGUCAUGUUUCCCAUAGCUGUGAGUGGCGAUCACGAGAACAAUAAGAUGUUUUCAAACUGCAGUAAACAAUCAAUUUAUAAGACCAUCGAAAGUAAGGCCCAGGAGUGUUUUCAAGAACGCAGCAAUAAGGUGUGUGGGAACUCGAGGGUGGAUGAAGGAGAAGAGUGCGAUCCUGGCAUCAUGUACCUGAACAGUGACACCUGCUGCAACAGUGACUGCAUGUUGAAGCAAGGUGUCCAGUGCAGUGAUAGGAACAGUCCUUGCUGUAAAAACUGUCAGUUCGAGACUGCCCAGAAGAAGUGCCAGGAGGCAAUUAAUGCUACUUGCAAAGGCGUGUCCUAUUGCACAGGUAAUAGCAGUGAGUGCCCACCUCCAGGAAAUGCUGAAGAUGACACUGUUUGCUUGGAUCUUGGCAAGUGUAAGGAUGGGAAAUGCAUCCCUUUCUGUGAGAGGGAGCAGCAGCUGGAGUCCUGUGCAUGUAAUGAAACUGACAACUCAUGCAAGGUGUGCUGCAGGGACCUUUCUGGCCGGUGUGUGCCCUACGUCGAUGCUGAACAGAGGAACUUAUUUUUGAGGAAAGGAAAGCCCUGUACAGUAGGAUUUUGUGACAUGAAUGGCAAAUGUGAGAAACGUGUACAGGAUGUAAUUGAACGAUUUUGGGAUUUCAUUGACCAGCUGAGCAUCAAUACUUUUGGGAAAUUUUUAGCAGACAACAUCGUUGGGUCUGUCCUGGUUUUCUCCUUGAUAUUUUGGAUUCCUUUCAGCAUUCUUGUCCAUUGUGUGGACAAGAAAUUGGAUAAGCAGUAUGAAUCUCUGUCUCUGUUUCACCCCAGUAAUGUUGAAAUGCUGAGUAGCAUGGAUUCCGCAUCAGUUCGCAUUAUCAAACCCUUUCCUGCACCCCAGACUCCAGGCCGCCUGCAGCCUGCCCCUGUGAUCCCUUCAGCGCCAGCAGCUCCGAAACUGGACCACCAGAGAAUGGACACCAUCCAGGAAGACCCUAGCACAGACUCACAUAUGGAUGAGGAUGGGUUUGAGAAGGACCCCUUCCCAAAUAGCAGCACAGCUGCCAAGUCAUUUGAGGAUCUCACGGACCAUCCGGUCACCAGAAGUGAAAAGGCUGCCUCCUUUAAACUGCAGCGUCAGAAUCGUGUUGACAGCAAAGAAACAGAGUGCUAGUUUAGUUCUCAGCUCUUUUCACUAAUGUGCGCAAAAUAUUUUUAUAGAUUUGACUUACAAUCUCAGCUUAUUUUUGUGAAGAUUGGGAAGUAAGGAAGUGACUUUUAACAGCAGAUGCGGGUCAUGUGUUUGAACUUCCUGCAGAUAAACAAUUCUUGUGUGGUUCAGCCCUUCUCCUUUUGAAAAGGUAAGGUGAAGGUGAAUCUAGCUUAUUUUGAGGCUUUCAGGUUUUAGUUUAAGUAUCUUUUGACCUGUGGUGCAAAAGCAGAAAAUACAGCUGGAUUGGGUUAUUAAUAUUAUGUUUUUGUAGAUUAAUCUUUUAUAUUGAUAACAGCACUGACUAGGGAAAUGAUUUUUUUUUAAUACACUGUAAUGAACCGCUGAAUAUGAGGCAUUUAGCAUUUAUUUGUGAGAACAACUGGAACACAAUAGGUUUAAUUUUUGCCUUUAACUAAAAACGAAGGAGAUAAAUCUCGUUAUACAUUGUCUCUAAAUUGUGGUUACCUGGAGUUUUUAAGUAGCAGGGAGAAUUAUACAUCUAAGUUUAGAAAUCAUUUGGGUUAAUAUUGGCUCUUCAUAACUCUAAGACUAAUACUCCCUAGUAGUAUAACUACCUACCUUACAGUGAGGGUAAGUGCUAGCUAGUUGAAUUUAUGGAAUCCUAUCAACUUUUUAGGGCCCUGAGUUGCUGGGUAAUUUUUCUGUGUAAGUAUCUUCAUGUAUCCCUAUUACUGAUAGUGAAUUUUCUAAGAGCAGGUAUCCCUAUCAAUCAGGUGCAGUGGUUCAUGCUUGUAAUCCCAGCAUGUUGGGUUGCCUGUUUUCAAACACUAGUGAAUAAAAGGGUAAGAUAUUUCUUAAUAGGUUGUUUUGAAUAGGCUGAGGUGUGAUGAGCCAGCCAGGUGACAGAAUGCUACCUGCCCUUAUGGUUGGGGGGGCCAUCCCCACAAGAACUGAUUCUUCAGAAACCCUUUUUAUUGACCCUUUUUAUUGCUCCAGGACUCUGGAUGGGCUGCAUUUACUGUGUGAAGGAUAAAAACCAUUAGCCUGAAUUCUGAUUUCUAUAAAUUGCUAUUAAAAGCUUUUUUUCCCCUAAGAACUGAAAUGUGCUCACCAGCCAAAACAUUUUAACUUGGAAACUUUGAGGGCAAUUAACCAAACCUGUGACUAAUCAUGUCCUUCCCCCAAACUUUUCCAAGGACAUUUUUUAUGCAGAUACUUGUUAUACUAAUACUUGAACUUGUACCUUAUGGUAUUUGCUGUAUUUUAACUAGUCACAAUAUUCUUGUAUUUUAGUUACACUUUUGGAAUUUGAUACAGGUGUGUGGGUGUAUGUGUGCAGCAGUUCUCAAAAGAAUGUAAGAAAACCAUUUUUAUAAAAUUGUGACUUUAAAAAAAAAAGUCUUUGUCAUUUGUAAAAUUAAGCUGCUUAGGGUAUAUUUUAUAGCUAUAGCACUGAUAUCUGCAUUAAUAAAUACUGUCAAAACACAA